AUGGUUAUUUUCAAUGAGAAGGUCUACAGGGAUUUAGGAGACUCAUUCAUUUCUCAAAGCGGUCAGCAGUGUGCAAUGAUUAGGAGUCGCGACUUUCAAGUGAAAGUGAGUACUGUGACUCCUGAAUGUCGACAGAAAGGAAAAAAUUUCUUCCUUUCCUUAGAUGAACUCAAAUUCUUAUCACAGCUUGUAAAAUCACUUUGGAAGAUGGAAAAGGAUGUCCAAGAAUUGUUUGAAGAUAUGUUUUUAUCAUUCAAUAUACCCACAAAUGCUUCAGAAAUUUUGGAGACAUCUAAAAGGGAAGUUGUAAUGGAGAAACCUAGAGUAAAUGAAACCAGUAUUCCUUCAGAGCAAUUAAUACCAUUAAACGAAAUGAGCAAAACAUCAGCUCCUUUACUACAUUUUGGCUGGAGAACUGCAUUUAAAGAAGUCUCUCUUCCCAUGGCACAUUGUAUAAUAACAACAAUCGAAGAUUUUUCCACAAAAGUUCUCCAACAAGAACAGAAUGAAAGAUCUUCAGCUGUGAGCUAUGUUAUAAAACUUGUAAAUGUUCAGCAUCUUUGGAAGGACGGCUGUGUGGUUCCUGAAGAGGAUCAACCAAAGAAAAUUGCAAAGUUUUGUUCUGACAUCUUGGAAAAACUUGACACAAUGCUUCCACUGGCUCUGGCAUGCAGAGAUGAUUCUUUUCAGGAAAUUAGAGCAAACUUUGUGGAGGCCUGUUGUAAAGUCGCAACAGCUGUCUUGGUAAGACUGCAGGAGAGAGGGAAAGAAUUUCCUUCCAGAGCAUCCCUGACAAACGUGCACAGCCUGCUUGCCACUGCAAUGUAUGUCUUCCAGCAUUUCACUCAAUAUGAUAAUUUGAUGAAAGAAACUACUAAGAAACCCAUAUUCCUGGUGCCUGUCCAACAGUAUCAGGAAUUCAUCAACACUCUACAGUUUCAGGUUACGGACUACUGCGUCAGAGUUUGUGCUACAAGCAUUUUACAGGAUGCUGAGAGCCACCACUGGGAUGACUACAAAGCUUUUUAUGAGGGGGAACGAUGCUCCUUCUCUCUCCAGAUGUGGCAUUAUUUCUUGUGGGCUCUUCAUCAUGAUCUCUGGACUAUUUUGCCCCCUAAGUUAGCCCAAGAUAUUGUAGCAGAAGUGUUGGAGAAAUCUUUGGGUCUCCUGGACUCCAGAUAUGCUCGGGCCCAUCCAAGUUAUAAGAGAACACCACAGAUAAGACUUGAUAUCACAACAAUUCUAAUAUGCACCGAGAACAUGUUAUGGUCAAUAUGUACAUCUGUACAGAAGCUUCUAAAUCCUCAUGAGUAUAUAGAUGAUAAAAUUUUUAAAAUUCACACCCAUUGUAAUAAUCUGUUUACAACAUUAGUCAUUUUGACUUCACCGUUAACUGAAUUAUACCAGACUUUUCAACAUGGCAUGGAUGCAUCUACUUCCAAUUCCUUAAAACCAAUUUUCAAACAGCCAUUACACUGGCUUUCUUGCAUAUCACAUUUCUAUCCUUUGUUACUCAGGACGCCAUCAGCUGGACAACUGACACCCGAGGGUCAGUUGAAACUGCUCUUAUCCCAACCAGGUUGUAAUUGGAACCUGCUUCUGGAAACCCUCCUACAUCAUGAUGCUCUUUUACUGAGGAUCUUGCUGAAGAGCUCAAAAAGCCUCUGCCAAGGACAAGUUUCUGAUACAGAAGAUAAUCUGAACCAAGGAUCCAGCUUGAUAGAAGCCAUAUUUAAAGUGCUGUACCAUUGCAACUUUUCUCCACAAACAUUUGGAAAUGUUUUUGUGAGCUAUAUGGAAGAUGAACAAUUAUGGGACUUUUUAUAUAACAUUCCAGGUAUAAGAAAUUUACUAUUUAUAAAGUGCUUAUAG